GUCAAAUGUCAAUUGUCUGUGUUGUCAAUUUGAUAUUGAUAACCUUAAAGCAUAGUUAAAAAGAAUUGUGAUUAUUUUGUACUACUUGUAAAUAAUCUUUAUAUAUUAAAGUGAAAUGUAAAACUGUCUUGUCAUAAUUACCUGUGUUUUAUACGUUUAAGGUUAUAAUUCGCUUGUUACACCGCAAUAGACAUAAGAAGAGAAUUUAGGCUCAAAGAUGUCGCCACCACCGAAAGGGAAAGCGCCUACAAAGGGCGCCAAGCAAAUCCUAGCCGAGAAUACUGCUACAGUUAUGUUCUAUCGAAAUAUGUCUCUAGGCGCUACUGCAUUAUUCAAUAUAAUAACUUUUGUAUUCUUCUAUGAACAAAUGACAACGUCAGUUAUAUUUAUGAAUGUUUUGGUAACAAUUAUCUACGUAGUUUGCUAUCAAAUGAUGAAAUUUAUAAGUCGGCCGAAGUACACCGCAGAGAAUGUAUUACUCGAUCCUGGACUAGACCUGAACAUGGAAGGAGGUAUGGGAGAGCACGUGAAAGAUAUAGUCAUAUUGUCUUCUAUCACCCAUCUUCUUGCUCUAAUCUCCAAUUACUUCUGGCUCCUUCUACUCUUGAUUCCACUGAGAGGGUUCUGGCUGGUCUGGGUCAACUUCCUCGGGCCGUGGUUCUUCCAAGAAGCACCAGAAGAUACGGAACAAGAUGAGAAGAAACGAAAGAAGAUGGAAAGGAAAAUGAAACGCUAUCAGCAAUAGAUUUUUAAUUUGAGGCAUUGAUAUUACUGUUUGUAUAUUAUUUCUGCAGGAGCAUAAUUCAUAGGAUACUAAAACUUUUUAUAAUGUUACUCGUAGUUUUUAAAUAAGUAGACUCCUAAGGUCCUAAAUGCUUUGGAAGUUGCCCGAAUCACUUAUUAGGUUUACAAUUCUGUAUAUAUAACCUGUUUGUUAUGAAUGGGCGUCGUUGAACACCUUGGUGUUAUCGCUGCUCGUUUGCCCCCUUCUGUUAUAAAAAAAAAAUACUUUUUUAUUAUUUGGAUUAUUCUCUAUGGAUAUUUCUCGCCUCUGUUGUGACUUUUUUCUUAUCUAUAUUGUGACAACUGCAAAGUAUUUUCUUAUACGAAAUUUUGGCCAUAUUUGGGUUCAUAGUUUUUUGUAUAUUUAAAUAAGUAUUUACACGGAAAUCCUCACCUUAAGAAUAUAUCUGUAUAAUUUUAUUAACUCUACGUAAAAUAUCUUUUAAAUAAACUAUGUAUUGGUAAAAGACGACUGAAUAAAACAUUUUCAAUUAUUUAUUGUUUGUAUUUACAGAGAA